AUGGUGAGUAGCGCGGAUUGGGCUAUUCACGAUAUACACGACAAGAUUACAGCCGGUAACCAGAAAUCCAUUCGCAUCCUUCAAUUGGCAAACGCUGCUUUUAUCCUCCUGCAUGUGAUAAGCAAUCAUUUCUUAGGAAGGAGGCAUUUCUCGUUCACUGCGCUUGCGCUCACAUUACCUGGCCUCGUCUGCUCACUCGUUCUUGCUAGAUGGGGCAAACCGGUUUUUUCUGAGAAUGGACAGGUGGUGUCUUCCGGAGAAGACCUGAGUGGUGAGGGUGGAUUGAUAGAGCAUAUGUGGGAUAUCGUGUACGUUACCUGGAUGUGUCUCACUAUGACGGGAUUUUUCGGCGGGAUUAUGUGGUGGAUGUUCAUCAUUGUGCCAGGCUUUGCAAUCUUCAAGGCUGCCAGCUUUGCAAUGCCAUUUCUCAUGCCAGCAGCUGGUAGAAUGCGCGACGCCAUAUCCUCCCAACCAAACACCGCUGAGCCGGGCGAAAGCAAAAGACAGCAAAAGCUGAAACAGCGGCAACAGAAAGGACAGCCAGGAAAGAGACAUCAGCAGCAACAACGUUGA